AUGCAAAUGGAUAGUAAUGGCGACCCACGUAUACACGUGACCUUGCAGUACGGUAACAACAAGGAAAUCGUUACUCUGGAGAGGAUCGACGAACCGCAGAGCAACGGCUGCAUCGUAGAGGUGAUUGUUGUGGAUCGGAAUGAGAAGCCCACACGCCCACAUGUGCUCGAGUGCUUUGCAGGUGUCUCGCUUGAACUGCCACAUUCCUUGGCAGAAAACAACUACCUGACGCCUACGAAAUGCAAAAUCUGCGAUAAAAUGCUCAAAGGACUUAUCCGACAGGGAUUAAAGUGCCGAGAUUGUGGAGUGGGUAAAUCUUCAUUAUUGGAUGUAAACGUUCACAACAAGUGUGCUCAUCAGCUUCCAUCAAAUUGCACCUUAUCCGACCACGCAAUCAGCAGAAUGAGUAUUACUGAUGCUUCACAAGCAAAUCUCGUCUCUAUGGACGAUGAGCCGAGUAGCAGCGAGAAUAUUCCUCUUUUCCGAUUGCCAGGGCAAGCAAUAUCGAAGAUUCAAGCACAUCCAAAAGUCGAAGGAUGGAUGAUCCAUUUCUUGCUCUCGGAUCCUGAGCGACGGCUCAAGCACUAUUGGGUUCUUGCUAAUGAUGCCAUUAAUAUGUACAACGAAUACAACGAAGGUGUAAAUCCGAAGAAACGUUAUGUAACGCUUCCACUGGCCGAGAUUCUUGCCAUAACUCCGCACCACGGCCCUCCUGUGCACUCAAAGUUGGAUUCUUCCUCUAACAUUCUGUGUUUAUAA